AUGUCUCUAACGGCCGAUCCACCUCAAGCGCAAGUGCCGGCAGCCGGUGGCAAGUCGACUCAUCAACUGAACAAUCCCGGUGAACAGAAGUUGGUUUUCAAAGUGAAGAGUUCGAAUAACAAUGAAUAUCGAGUGAAUCCCGUCUAUGGAUUCGUCGAUGCCUCUGGCAACACACCCCUUGAGGUUACCCGUUUGGCCGGAGCUCCAAAAGAAGACAAGCUGGUCGUGCAAUUCGCCCCUGCUCCCCCAGACGCAACCGAUGCUCAAGCGGCAUUCUCCCAAGUGCAGCAGGAAUCUGCUCAGAACCUUACAAUUAAUCUUAGCGCCACAUAG